AUUUCCCCAACGCAGCAAACACCAAACCGUUCUCAAUGGCAGCUUUAAACGCUUGCUAUCCUUCCAGUGCCCGAAUAUCUUCCGUUUCGCUAAAAAGCAAAGUUCUUCAGACUCCCUGUUUUAUUUUCCCUACCUCAAAAGGAACAAUUCCUCAUUUAACACCUGACAACAUAAAUGACAAUGAAGUUCCUAUUGUCUAUUUUGGAUUAGAAGAUUCCUUGGAUUUAUUAGAAAAGUCACCUAUCUUCACUGUAGACGGUGAGAUAGACAAGUGGGUAGCUGGGACUCCAUCUCAAUCUAUCUUAAUAGCUCCUAGAAGAAGUAUUCCACUUCCCUCUGUUUCUGCUGGUCCUCAAAAUAUUGAAAUUCUUACCUCGAGUGGAUUGAGAAAAUUGACAAAUGAAGUUUACGUGAAGGCAAUCACGAAACUUCGCCCUGAAAUAGCCAUUGCAUUGAAUGACAAUCCAUCAAAUGUCCCUGGUGUAAAGAGGAAACCUAAAAUGACUGAAAGGUCAAUUACCUGGACUAAUGAGUUGCUUUCAAGUUUGCAAAACAACGAGCUUACAGAGAAAGUAAAAGUUUUCUUUCCAGUCCCAAACGUUGAAACUUCUUACUUAACUCCUUUAAUAGAACGCUUUCGGGAAAGUGAUUACAAACAACAUAUUACGGGGUUGGCAUGUUAUGGAGAUUUGCAAUCUAUACCCUCUGAUUUAUCUAUUUAUCCAAAAUUGUUUCUUCGUCCUUUGCUAACUCCUUUGGCAAUCUUACAAAGUAUUCACCAAGGUGCUGAUAUAAUAAUGGCAGAUUUAGUAAACCAAGCUUCCGACUCUGGUAUAGCUUUUACCUUUACCUUUCCUGCUCCUGUAGAAAAUUUGCUGAAUAGAAAAUUAGAGCUUGCUUGGGAUAUGUGGAAUAACCGUUUUGCUACCGAUCUUUCUCCCUUACAGCCUGGAUGUAGCUGUAAUACAUGCCAGUCAUAUAGUCGGGCUUACGUUCACCAUUUACUUCAAGCACGAGAACUUGUUGGCUGGAUUAUGGUACAACAACAUAACAUUCACGUGUUCCAUAAUUUUUUUGCUGGAAUCAGAGAUUCUAUUAAGGCUGGAAACUUUUUGCGUGAUACUGAGAUUUUUGAGAAAAUAUAUUCACCCAACUUUCCUCGCACUACCGGUCUGGGUCCUCGAAAGCGAGGCUAUCAAAUGGAUUUAACUGAUGUUCAGCCCAAGGAAAACAAACCAAGUUGGGUUCAGUUGAAAUCAGAAACCAAUGACGCUGAAACAUCUCACACGACCAAGAAAAAGGAAAGUAUUCAAGGGUUCCAAGAGUCUGAAUUACCUGAAAUGGAUACAACCGUUAGUAAUUUCGCUGAUAACUACGCCGCUUUAAGCGAUAAUCAAAGUGUGUCUGAAUUAGAAGAAGAUUUGUUCGCUGAGCUUGAUGAUAUUGAUGACACUGCUUAUCGAGAAAGCCGGUUGCAAUCAUUGAAAGAAGAAUUUGAAAGAGUCUCUAUUGCUAAGGAGAAAGGUCAUAUGCAGUAUUUAACUGUUGAAAGCGAAAGAGAAGUGAUGGAUAUAACCACAACCUCAAAACGUGUGGUUAUUCACUUUUUCCAUCCUGAUUUUAGACGCUGCAAAAUUAUGGAUUCUCAUCUUGAGAAAAUCUCUAAAAAUCAUUGGGAAACAAAGUUUAUAAGAAUUGAAGCAGCGAAUGCUCCAUUUCUCGCGUUGAAAUUAGGCUUAAAAGUAUUACCUGUAAUACUUUGCUAUGUUGAUGCAAAACUAGUUAGUAAACUGAUUGGAUUCACUGAUUUGGGAAAUAAUGACGAUUUUGAUACGCCGGUUUUAGAGUUUUGGUUGUUAAAGUGGGCGGCGAUUGAAAAGUUAAAGGAAAAUAACUCUUCGGGAAAAAAGUCGAUUAUGGGUUUCAAAGAUACAAAAAAUGAAUCGGAAGACAGUGAUUUCGAGUAAUUUAUAGAAAUUGUUUAGUAAACUUACAUCAAAAAAUAAUUAUUGUACUAUUUCAUUCAAAAGAA